AUGAAAAUUCUGAUCGUCCUGAUUUCUCUGCUGGCCCAAAAAGUGAUAUGCGCGGCCUUCACCGAAGACAUGGCCCGAUCGUGGGCCUGGUCCCUGAUGUGUUCUCGCUUCAUAAAUCCACCCAGCGAGACGUUGGCCCAAUCCGUCUUCCACAUUCCCUACACCUACAAAAAUUGUCAGCACGAUUUUGCGGAGAAGUUGCCGCAACUCAUCGCGCGCCUUCACAAAGAUCGCGCCGAAAAUUCGAAUCGUAACCCGAUGUUUGCCACGUGUUAUCGGGAGUACGGUUCGAGAGCUGAAGAUUUGGAAAUCCAGAAAAAUGAGAUCAAAAUCGGAAAUAUUCAUCAAGGGAGUUGGAGUCGAGGAAUCAGUUUUACAUUCAAAUUUUCACGCGACUCUGUGAAUACUGUAGAGUAUGGAGUUAGGCAAAAUGUCAGAAAAUUGCUUUUGUCUUUUGAAAAACAUUGUUGAUCAUUUUGCAGUCUGGUUACUGUAUUUGUGUUCAUAAAACUUGGAAUUUUUGCAGUUCGGAAAAUUUCAGAAACCAAAUUUGAUAGUUUUUUUGCAGUUCGGUAUACUGUAGUGUUUUUUUUGGAAUUUUUGCAGUUCGGAAACUAAAUUUGAUAGUUUUUUUGCAGUUCGGGAUACUGUAUCUAUUUUUACCUCAAAAUAUUUUGGUAUUUUGCAGUUGGGAUUACUGUAGAUUAUUUUGCAGUUCGAAAAAAAAAACAGAAAAAAAAAUAAUUUUUUUUUCAAUUUUCACGUGACCUAAUUUUUUUUUUUGACGUGGAAAUUUCAAUUUUGCAAAAAAAAUCAUUUUUGAAAACCACGAUUUCGAAAAAUGGCAGGAAUCAAAAUUUGUAAGUUUUCUUGGGUUACUGUAGUUUUAGAUGUACAGUAAUCAAACUGCAAGGUUUUUGCAGUCUGGUUACUGUAAGGGGCUCACAUUUUAUUAGUAUAAAAAUGCAAAAAUCAAAAUCAACAACAAAAAAAAACAAAAACAAACACCAAAGUUCAAAGAUGCAUGCAACCAGGUCAAACUAGAGUCUAGUUGCACUCUUCUCCAUGUUUUUUGGACUGUUUGUCUUUCUUUCUCUGGCGCGCUCUCUCCAUUUUCCUCACUCUCUCGUCAUUCACAAAAAAAAACAAGGCGUCCUUUUACUUUUUUUCUUUUUGACAGUUUUCUAGACUCAAAUUUUGUGCUGAAAAUCAUGGAAUUGCUGAAAAUCGCUGAAAAUCAGUGUUUCCAUGAGUUUCAGCGCAAAAUUUCAGUCUAGAAAGUCACUUUUCUAGUUUAUCUGAAUUUUCGGCCUAUAGUAGCUUUUGACAGGUUUCUAGACUCAAAUUUUGUGCUGAAAAUCAUGGAAUUGCUGGAAAUCGCUGAAAAUCAGUGUUUUCAUGAUUUUCAGCGCAAAAUUUCAGUCUAGAACGUUAAUUUUCUAGCUAAGUUGAUUUUCCACUUAUUAUUGGUCUUGUUCUUCAAAAUGACAACUGCAAACAUUUGCAGUUUGAUUACUGUAUGUCCCUUUGAAAUUUAUUGAUUUUUUUCAGAAUGGAAUCCAAAUCGAAAUGUACAAACCCUCAAAAGACAAAUAUAAAUUGAUGGCGGCCGGCACAAUUUCAUUGCUCCCGAUUUUUGCGCGCGAAAAAAAUGCGGCCAAAAUUUUUGUCGCGGAAAUUGCGAUGAAAUCUGUGGAUACUGGAGAGGAGCUGUGCGUUUUGAGAUAUGAGCUGGAGACGACGCAGAGUUUUGAGGAGAGUUUCAAGAAGUUCAAGGUGAGUACGGUAGGAGAGGGGUACUGUAGGUGUUUUUGCAGUUUGAGUACUGUAGAUUACUAAAAAUUUCCUGAGUUUUGUCUUUGCUCAUUUUUGGAUUCUAAAUUUUGCAGGUCGAGUACUGUAGAUGUAUAAUCUUUUCUAUAGUUUUGCAGUUCGAGUACUGUAGCUUACUCAAUCCUCAUAGGUUUUUGUAGUUCGAGUAUUGUAGAUUAUUUCAUUUUCCUACAUUUUUUGCAGUUUGAGUACUGUAGAAUACGAAUUUUUCACACAACAUUUUUCACGUUUCAAAUUUUUUACCAAACUACAGUAAUUAAACUGCAAAAAUCUGAUAAUACAGUGAAAAAAAAUCAUAAAACUCCAGGUUUUUGCAGUCCGACUACUGUGGCUUAUCAAAAAGCUACAGUAAUCAAACUGCAAAACUUAAAAAUAAGGGUAACCAUCAUAUACAGUAGCCGAACUGCAAAAAUCUGAUAAUACAGUUCAAAAAAUCAUAGAAAUCCAGGUUUUUGCAGUCCGAUUACUGUAGAUUAUGAAGAGCUACAGUAAUCAAACUGCAAAGAGCCAAUAAUUAAAAAAAAAUCCCCAAACAUUUCAUAUUUUUUGACUUGCAGUCCGAUUACUGUAGAGCAUGAAGAGCUACAGUAAUCAAACUGCAAAAAUCUGAUGACACAGUGAAAAAAAUCAUAAAACUCCAGGUUUUUGCAGUCCGACUACUGUAGAUUAUGAAGAGUUACAGUAAUCAAACUACAAAAAUCUGAUAAUACAGUGAAAAAAAAUCAUAGAGCUCCAGGUUUUUGCAGUCCGAUUACUGUAGAUUAUGAAGAGUUACAGUAAUCAGACUGCAAAUUACAUGUAAAAAAGUAUUUCGAAAAACACCUUGUAGUUCUAGACUUUGCAGUCCGGUUACUGUAGAUUAUGAAGAGUUACAGUAAUCGAACUGCAAACCACUUUUCUGUAAUUCUAGGUUUUUGAAGUCUUAUUACUGUAGAUUUAGAAUUUGCAGUUUGACUACUGUAAUUCCUAUAUUUUUCCAGAAAUCCGAGCUUGCCAAAACCAUGCUUCCACUCGAAAUCCAACCCGAACCCUCCGACUUCGCCGAACUCACAAUUCUCAUCAAUCGACUGCACGGCCUACCAGAAAAUUGCACGGAAUUUUGUGUAGUCUACGAAUUUUUGACAUUCUCACCGUAUUUCACGGAUUUCACGACGAGCUCGGAGAUUUUGUCGAAAAAAUCGUGGAUGAUUCCGAAGGGCGAAGCGAGCAAGGAACUCUUUGUGAAUGGGGUAGGUUUUUAAGUGUGCCAGGGUUGCAGAAGUGGGCGGGGCUUGAGAUUUGGAGUAGAAUGAUAUCUCACAAGGUUUUUAAGUGUGCCAGGAUUGCAGAAAGGGGCGGAGCCUGCGAGUUUGCCACGUGGAUUUUUGCAAUUUUUGAAAUUCAGAUUCUUGAGCUCUUUUUUUGACGCGUGAAUUUUCUGAAACUCUUGAUUUUUGAACCGAUUUUUUUUGCCACGUGGAAUAUUUUCGGCGGCUGAAAAUCCGAAAUUCUUACCCAAAUAAAUUUGCCACGUGGGACGCAAAAUUUUUUGAAAUUCAAAUUUUUGAGCUAUUUGCCACGUGGAUAUUUUUCUUCAAAUUUGUUGAAACUACAAUUUUUGAGCGACAUUUUUUGUAUUUUUUUUCAAUUUUUUAAAAUUUGGAUUCUUGAGCCCUUUUUUUGCCACGUGGAUUAUUUCAAACUCAAAAAUUCCAAAAAAAAAUUUUUUUAGAUUUUAAAAUUCAGACUUUUGAGAAAAUUUCAAAAAUACAACAUUUUGAGCAAAAUUUUUUGUAUUUUUUUUUCUAUUUUUUAAAAUUUGGAAUGUUGAGUCAAAUUUGUGCCACGUGGAUUAUUUAUUUCAAACUAAAAAAUUCAGAUUUUUGAGCAAAAUUUUUUGAAAUUCAAAUUUUUGAGCUAUUUGCCACGUGGAUAUUUUUCUUCAAAUUUGUUGAAACUCCAAUUUUUGAGCGACAUUUUUUGUAUUUUUUUUCAAUUUUUUAAAAAUUUGGAUUCUUGAGCCACAUUUUUUGCCACGUGGAUUAUUUCAAACUCAAAAAUUCCAAAAAAAAAAAUUUCAGAUUUUAAAAUUCAGACUUUUGAGAAAAUUUCAAAAAUACAACAUUUCGAGCAAAAUUUCUUGUAUUUUUUUUCUAUUUUUUAAAAUUUGUAAUGUUGAGUCAAAUUUUUGCCACGUGGAUUAUUUUCGGCGGCUGAAAAUCCGAAAUUUUUACCCAAAUAAAUUUGCCACAAUUUUUUGAAAUUCAAAUUUUCGAGCUCAUAUUUGCCACGUGGAUAUUUUUGAGCCUGAAGCUUUUGCCAUACUGAAUUGAAAAAAAACCCUCAAAUUUCUGUGCUCCAAAAAAUACGUUUCAAAAAUUUGACAUUUUGAAAUCACAAAAUUCAGGUUUUAUUAACUCUUAUCAAAAUCUACAAUUAAAAUCUUUAUUUAAUUAAUUAAUUAAUUAAUUAAUUUCUUAAUUACAAGUCCUGUGUUCCUCAAAAAUCACCCAACUUCCACGACUCAUUCGAAUUUCGAAUCGAUAAUCCAAACCAUUCUCAUUAUGAUCCACAAAUCUGAAUGAGGUAUCCGUCAAAAUCUCGAUACAUUUCACAUGUUUCCGGAUAUACCUUCCGACUUCCGCGCCGAAAUUCUCGAAAUUUUGAUCUACAAAAUCAUAGGCUUCUCGUUGCUCAGCUUCUCCUCCACCCAAAAAUUUGCGAUGAAUUUGGCGGCGAGUUUCGGCAAGUGACAAAUUCGUGGUUCCGCGCGGAAUUUUCCGCAACUCUUCGAUUUUGGCGUCCGGAGUGAAGCUUGAAGUCUUUCCGUUACACUCUUUCAAAGUCGAGGUGUAGUCAAAGAGAUAGUUGAGUUCGGAUAACUCGGAAUAUGCCAAAUCGUGUAGAAUUGUAUAGGCGAUGAGUUGGGCGGAUUUGUGAGUUAGUGGAAUUCGCUGAGCCACGAGAGCUGAGCAUAAAAUUGAGAACGAGAGAAAUUUCAGAAACAUUUUUCUAGCCAAACACAUAAAAUGUGAAAUGUAUAGAGAUUUUGUGUAACAUUUUUCAUCAAUUUUUUUCGGAUCUGGAAAAAAAAUUGAGAGAGAAAUUUCUGAAAAUUUUGAAGAAAAUUAAUAUCCACGUGGCAAAUAGCUCAAAAAUUUGAAUUUCAAAAAAUUUUGCUUGAAUAUCUGAAUUUCAAAAAAUUUUGCUUGAAUAUCUGAAUUUCAAAAAAUUUUGGUCAAAAUUUCUGAAAUUUUGAAGAAAAUUAUCCAUGUGGCAAGAAUUUUGCUCAAAAAUCUAAUUUUCUAAGAAAAUUUUUAGCUGAAAAUUUUGAAUUUCAAAAACAUUUCUCAAAAAUCUGAAUUUUUGAGUUUGAAAAAUUAUUCACGUGGAAAAUUUGUUUGGGUAAAAAUUUCAGAUUUUUAGUAACUGAAAAUAAUCCACGUGGCGAAAAAUGUGGCUCAAAAAUCUGAAUUUCAAAAAAAUUUGCUCAAAAUUCUGAAUUUUUGAGUUUGAAAUAAAUAAUCCACGUGGUAAAACAAUGUGUAUUAAAAAUCAGAGUUUCAGAAAAUCCCCCUGGCUUAAAAAUUUGGCUCAAAAAUCUGAACUCAAAUUUUUUGAAUUUUAAAAAAUUUUCUCGAAAAUCUGAAUUUUUGAGUUUAAAAUAAAUAAUCCACGUGGUAAAACAAUGUGUAUUAAAAAUCAGAGUUUCAAAAAAAUCCCCCCGGCUCAAAAAUUUUGCUCAAAAUUUUGAAUUUCAAAAAUUUUCUCAAAAAUCUGAAUUUUUGAGUUUAAAAUAAAUAAUCCACGUGGUCAAACAAUGUGUAUGAAAAAUCAGAGUUUCAGAAAAUCCCCGUGGCUCAAAAAUUUUGCUCAAAAUUCCAGUCUGAAAUUCCCAGGCUCCGCCCCUUUCUGCAAGCCUCGCACACUUUUUUCAGAUUCCAAAUUGUUUUUUCUACAAAAAAAACCGAAUUUUUCAGUCGCUCUCCGUGUUCCUCGUCGAAAAUUCGCCGACCACCAACAAAGAGACGGGCGGUGUUUUGGCAGUUGUGCACCUCCCCCUAAUCGCUCUCUGCAAACCGGGCGGCACAAUACGUGGCAAUUUUGCGAUGUCGCCGACUGGCGAAGCCAAUCUGGAGAUUACUGUAGAUUUGUGUGUGAUGUGGCGAAAUUCGAAACCGGCUUUUAUUGUUGGAGAAGAUUUGGAAGAGCCCUUGAAGGCCCCGGAGGCCCCGGAAGCCCCAAAAGCCCCCGAAAAAAGGCCAUCAAAACAAUUUGAAGUCUCACCGGUGAUUCUUCCUCUUCAGGAACCAGCAUUGAAGAUCAGAACACCAUCGGAAUCUUCGGAAUCUUCAGAAGAAUCUGAUGUAUUCAGCCCGCCGAUUCUAGAGCAUCGCGAUCAAGAAGAUGAUGAUUUUGGGUACCCAAUUCCUCAGGCUCCCAAGCCCAAGCCCAGAGUUUUUGAGGAUGAUUUGGGUCUCGCUGAGGCGCCUGAAGUUGUUGCUGAAAUUCCACAACCCGAAGAAGAUCAGGAGGUGAUUGAAGAGGAGGUGAUUUCGGCCAAGUCUAGCCCGAAAGAGGCCGAGCCUGAGCCCGAAGAAGAAGAAGAUCUGGACACGCCGAUGCCAUCACCGAAAUCGAAUCCACUGGGAGAUCUUCCACCACUGAUGGUUCCGAAGCCUAGAACAUCGAUUUCGAAUCAGCCGCAACAUCAGGCUGGACGUGUGGAUUUUGCAGAGCCGUUGCAUCAUUCGAUUCCACGUGGGUAGCUUUUUGGACGGGCUGAAAAUUUGGAUUUUCAGAAUUCUAGUGCUGAAAAUUGUGAGCUUCUAGAAAAAUUGAGCUAGAAAAAAUUUAUUUUGUUUUAUAGUCCAAUUUUCCACGUAGAUCACGAUUUUCAGCAUGAAUUUCAGAUUUUCUGACAAUUUCGUGCUGAAAAUCGUGAUUUACGCGAAAAAUUGAGCCUGGGAACUUUUUUGAAUAAAAUUCUAGAUUGAAUUUUUUUCUAGUUCUGAAAUUUGUCUGUAAUAAAUUCUCUAGGCUAAUUUUCCACGUAGAUCACGAUUUUCAGCAUGAAUUUGAGAUUUUCAGACAAUUUCGUGCUGAAAAUUGCAAUCUACUUGAAAAAUUGAUCCUGGAAACAUUUUUGGAAUAAAAUUUUAGAUUUAAUUUUUUCUAGUUCUGAAAUUUGUCUGUAAUAAAUUCUCUAGGCUAUUUUUUCACGUAGAUCUCGAUUUUCAGCAUGAAUUUGAGAUUUUCAGACAAUUUCAUGCUGAAAAUCGUGAUCUAAGCAAAAAAUUGAGCCUGGAAACAUUUUUGGAAUAAAAUUUUAGAUUUAAUUUUUUCUAGUUCUGAAAUUUGUCUGUAAUAAAUUCUCUAGGCUAUUUUUUCACGUAGAUCUCGAUUUUCAGCAUGAAUUUGAGAUUUUCAGACAAUUUCAUGCUGAAAAUCGUGAUCUACGCGAAAAAUUGAUAUUGGAAACUUUUUUGAAUAAAAUUCUAGAUUGAAUUUUUUCUAGUCCUGAAAUUUGUCUCUAAUAAAUUUCCUGGGCUAUUUUUUCACGUAGAUCUCGAUUUUUAGCAUGAAUUUGAGAUUUUCAGACAAUUUCAUGCUGAAAAUCGUGAUCUAGGCAAAAAAUUGAGCCUGGGAACUUUUUUGAAUAAAAUUCUAGAUUGAAUUUUUUCUAGCUCUGAAAUUUGUCGGUAAUAAAUUCUCUAGGCUAUUUUUGCGCGUAGAUCACGAUUUUCAGCAUGAAUUUGAGAUUUUCAGAGGAUUUCAUGCUGAAAAUCAUAAUCUACGCAAAAAAUUGAGCCUGGAAACUUUUUUUCGGGGUAAAUUUGAGCUCUAAAGAGAUUUUAAUAAAAAAUCGGGAAAUUGGAGCAACUCUGAAUUUCAGUAUUCUAAAAUUUAUCAGAAAAUUCCGAUUUUCAGCAUGAAAAUGUUGCCAUAGCUAAUUUUCAUGCUGAAAAUCGUGAUCUACUGGGAAAAUUGAGUCUGAAAACUUUUUUGAAUGAAAAUCUAGAUUGAUUUUUUCUUAGUUCUGAAAUUUGUCUGUAACUAAUUUUCUAGUCUAAAUUUUCACGUAUAUCACGAUUUUCAGCAUGAAUUUGAGAUUUUCAGACGAUUUUGUGCUGAAAAUUGGGAUCUACUUGAAAAAUUGAACUUGACAACUUUUUUCGGGUAAAAUUGAGCUCUAGAGUUUGAGAUUGCUCAUUUUAAUCCAUAAUUUUUUCCAGCCUCGGAAACUUCGUCUAACUCGUCGCCACGCACCGCCACCAAACAAAAACCCAAAGUGGCGCUUCCGGAUUUUUCCGGACACGGAAUAAUCCGCGCCGGCAGCCUCGAAUCCACUGAAGACGCUCAAAAAAUCGCGGAUGAAAAUUUGCGCGUCGAAUUUCGGCUCGAAAAAUUUGAAAUUGUGCCCUAUUCGAGAUUAUUGACGAAAAUGUAUGAUGGUGCGAUUUGCUCGAUCGAAUUUCAGUUUUUGGAUUUCCCCGUGGAAAAUACAAGGAUUCCGGAUUUUGCGCUACCCAGGGCUCCAGGAAUUUCGGUCGCGUUGGAUGGAGCAACUAAAGGUUAGUUGGUUCGGGGAUUUUUGGGGUUGUGACGUGGAAAUUCCGGGUUUUUUGACACUAAACAAGCCUAGGAUUACUGUAGAUUUUUGGCCAGAAAAUUCUGAAUUUUUUGACACUAAACAAGCCCAGGGUUACUGUGGAUUUGUGGCGGGAAACUUCUGGAUUUUUUAAAAUGAAAUUGGUCCAGGGUUACUGUGGAUGUUUUGGCCAGAUAAUUCUGGAUUUUUCUGCAUUUGAUCUACGUGAAAUUUCGGGAUUACUGUAGUUUUUCGAAAUUGAAUUUUUCCACGCGAAAAUUGCCACGUGUUUUGAUCUGAUUCCGAUUUUCCACGUUUUUUUGAGAAAAAAAAUCUAAAAAAUCAUUUAAAAAAUAAUUUUCACGUGAAAACGUGAUCUUUGUGUUUCUCUGCGUCUCUCAAAACCUCGCACUCUCUAACGGCCUUAAAGUCUCUACGUCUCUCCAGAAUUUGCAGUCUAUCUUCCUCUUGUUCUCCAACCACUAUCUCUGCGUCUCUGCGUAUCUCAAUGUCUAACUGUCCAGCCUCUCAGCAUCUCUUGUCCUCUCUGUGUCUCUCAUUCUCUAACACUAUCUAGAAGUGUCUGCGUCUCUCGUUCUCUAACCACUCUCUCAAUGUCUAACACACACUCUCUCUCUCUCUUUCUCUUUCUCCUCUUGUUCUCUAACCACCCAAUGUCUCUCAUCUCUCUCUUCAGAAUUCGCACUCUCUCGCCGUCAACUCGCUCUUCUCGAUCAAUGGAUUGAACUCGGCAACAAACUAGAUUUCGCCCUAAAUUCCGUCGGUGGAAAUCAGGAAUCUGAAAUUGCGGUGGCAAGUUUGCUCCUGACACGCGAUAAUUCGCACAAUUUGGAAAUCGCAGCAGAUUGUGAGUACAGUACUUUGAGUUACGGUAAUCUCAUGUUUUGUCCUAAUUUUCAGUCAUCGAUGUGGAUGGUGAGCAUUUGGCAGAGCUUCAAUUGAGCAUACAGUACUCGCCGAAACUUUUGGAGGAGCUACAGUAA